AUGUCGUCCUCCGGAGUACAGGGCGGAUUGGGCGGUGGUGGCGGCGCCGCCUCCGCCCAACGUUACUAUUGCCACCAGUGCGAUCGCACGGUGCGUCUGUCGCCGUCUCCGUCGUCCGAUCUCGCUUGCCCCAUCUGCCAUGGGGGCUUCCUGGAGGAGCUCGAGACACCUCCUUUGGAACCAAACCCUAGCCCGUUCUUCUCCUUCCCAGAAACCUUUUCCUCGGGUAUUCAGUUCCCCCUCUUGUUCCCCGCCCAGUCGUCAAGCGGUCCGAUGGGCGCCACCGCCCUGAACAUUGAAGACUUGCUCGGGGCUUUCUCUGGAUUCGGGCCUCCUCGAUCCUCCUUCGCUACUUCGGUCUCCGGUGACCUCGAUCCCUUGAACACAACUGUCCAAUUCGUUCAGAGCCGCCUCCAGGACCUGAUAGCGGGGGGCGCCAACAUCCAGGUUGUGAUUGAAAAUCAUCCCUCCGGUGAUUUCCACUUUCCCAGAGGCGCUGUCAACGUUGGGGACUACUUUUUCGGCUCUGGGCUCGAGCAGCUUAUACAGCAACUCGCGGAGAACGACCCGAACCGCUAUGGGACACCGCCAGCUUCAAAAUCUGCCGUGGAGUCGCUUCCGACGAUCAAAAUCACGAAAGAGCUGCUUGUCUCAGAUGAGGCGCAGUGUGCUGUGUGUAAAGACACAUUCGAGGUCGGGGAAGACGCGAUGCAAAUGCCAUGCAAACACUUAUACCAUGGGGAUUGCAUUCUUCCGUGGCUUGAGCUUCAUAACUCUUGCCCAGUUUGUAGGUAUGAGUUACCGACAGAUGAUCCUGACUACGAGCAGAGGGCGAGGAACACUCCCCGCUCAGUGGAAAAUUCAGUAGGCGCAAGUGGUAGCGAUUCUGGCAGAGCUGAUUCUGGGGUUGGCGCGACUGGGGAGGCGGAUUCACCAGGAGCAAGAGCCGGGGAGAGGAUUAUGAGAAUCUCUUUACCUUGGUCGAUUCGGUCACUAUUUGGGAUAGGUAAUUCUGGCAUUGUUGGUGAGAAUGGUGAAACAAGUUCUGACACUGAUAUGAAUUCAAGUGCCAGAGGAGCUCGAGGAUCAGGGUCUGAUACCAGACAAGAGGAUCUAGAUUGA